UCCACGCGAACCCGGUGAAGUCCGGCCGCGUCGAGCGCGGCCGCCCGAGGGAUUGCAAUGGAGCCCGACCGCGGCGCCCGGCCCCGAAGGGGAGGCGGCCGCCCGAACCGGAGACGGCCGGGCGGAAGGGAGAAGCCGGCGGAGAGCAGCGGCGAUGACGGUCACAGCCGAGGAGGCGGGGGACGCGGCAGGCGGGGAACCCGCGGCGGAGCAGCCGCUUCCGCUCCCUCCGCGCCUCGGGGCUGUGAGUCGGCUACUGCUGAACCUGAUUUACCAGAAAUGGGCAAAGAAGACCGGGGAAGUUAUUCAAGAAGAAAGCUAGUCUCCAACUGGCACCGCUAUGAAGAAAGUGAGAAAGAAACACAAAAUGACAGUGGUGAAUCUCAGCGUGGGACAGACUUCAGUGUAUUGCUUAGCUCAGCAGGAGAUUCCUUUACCCAAUUCAGAUUUGCUGAAGAAAAAGAAUGGAUUUCAGAAAACCUUUGCCCAAAGCAGUUGUCAGGAUUGUACGUUGACUGCCAGUCCUUGGUUCAAGCGCUUGAAGAGCUGCCUCUGCACCUCAAACUCAACAUGGCUGCUGAACUGGUACAGGAUGCAACGCCAGUCACACUUCCUCAGAUUAAGCUGCAAAGUCAUGAUAUGGCCAAGAAAAGUGGUGAUCUAUUGCAACAGCAAAAGAGAGUUGGGUCGCACUGUUAUCCCAAGGAAGAUUCCGCUGUUCCCUUGACUUUGUCAAAUAAAGAUGGAUCGGGAAUUUCUUCAGAAGCUCCGCAGAGAAAUCCUUCAAAUUUACAUCAAGUAGUAGACCAUUUGGAUGAAGACCUUGAUCUGCUCCUGAAAUUAGAUGCCCCUAUUAAUCCUGAAAACAAUAUUGCUUUGGAUAUGGUAGCAGAUGACCUGCCACCUGGAGAUGAUUUGACAAAGAGUUUUGAAGAAACUGAUCACUUAGAACCAGGUAGAACUGAAGAAAGUUGCUCAACAUCUCAACCGCCAGAAGCUGCCUCCAAAAAUAUUACUGAAGAGGAACUUGAGGACUGGUUAGAUAGUAUGAUCUCCUAAAAGCUACAUUUUGUUCAUCAUAUAGUACAAGUAUGUGAAAAAUAAUUUAAGAUGACAAUUCAGUAAUUGUAAAAAAUGUUUACAAAUAUUUAAUCUGGUGAUUGGCUGAACCUGAACCUUUAAAAUGCUAUUUGUAUAUUUGCAGUGUUCUGGAUUUCAUUGCCUUAAGAAAUUUAACAAUAUUAAUUUGAAGUUGUAAAAGUAUAAAAACCUAUUUAGAGUCUGUGAAAUAAAAUACAUUACAUUUGCAAGUACAAUUAUGGAACAUGUCUUGGUGUGACACCAAUAACACAAUGAAAUAUGACAUAAAGUUUUGUUUUGCAAAUUCUUUAUUGCAGUGCAUGUUGUUAUUUGAAGGAAAAAAACGCAUUAACGUUGCAACUAAUCACUAGUUUAAUUAUGUUCAGUUGUAAGACAGGUUUUUAAACCAACUGCAUGUAGUAAGCAGUUUUGUAAUAAGUAUAUGACUAAAUUUCAUGUCAUACAGUAAGACCAGAAAGCAACACAGUCAAAUAACAAAAAUGUCAAUCUAAAGGACUAACAUUUUUAAAAAAAGUAUUUUGCAUAGCUAGAUCUGGAAAGAGUUAAGGCACUUAGAUUUAGAGACAAUAAAAUACUUGACAAUUUUAAGCACUGAAUACUUAAAAUCUUUCUGUCUGCAUUGUUACACUAAGAAAUGGCACAGGGAAAACAAGGCUGAUUGAAAUAUUAAGUUCACCAUAUGAGUCCAUGAUUAUGUUAUUGUCAUCUGACAUUCAGAGUCUUCAGUUGCAAAACAAUGAUAUAGCCCUUUCACCUAUAUUAUUUUCUACAAAGGACUGAUAAAAAACAAUGAUUCCUGAAUUAAAGUACUGAACUAAAAUGUUUAAAUGUUAUUUUUUUGCUCUGCACCACCUAAAAACAAACAAAACUGAAAUCCAAAUAAUUCAGAGCCUGUUUCUGCCACAUACAAAAAGCUAAUCUAGAUCAAUUUAAAACUGGGCUACUUCAUUUACUUAGAGGUCAAACAUAAGCAACAUUUAUGUUAUGCCAUUGUUUUGUAAGAAUUCUAUUUUUGUUUACAUUGAAUACAGUAGUUCC